AUGAUAUAUGCCCCUACAUCUCGAGCAAUAGAACGAGAACAGUUAAUACGACUUGUCGAACAGUGGAACGAGAAUCGUCUUGAUUUGUUCAGUUUGAGCUAUCCUAAUGAGGAUCUUGAAAUUCAUGGCGUUAUGCGAUUCUAUUUUCAAGAAUCAAAGACAAAAGUUUCGACGAAAUGCAUUCGAGUUUCGAGCACGGCGACUACUCGUGCUGUUAUCGAAGCACUUGUUGAUAAAUUUCAUCCAGAUUUGAAAAUGUUAUCAAAUCCUGAAUAUACUAUAUGGGAAGUGCAUGAAAAUGGUGAAGAAAGGCUACUGACACCAGAAGAAAAGCCGCUGCUUGUUCAAUUAAAUUGGCAUAAAGAUGAUCGUGAGGGACGGUUUCUUCUUAGGCAGCAGUCCUGUGUGACCAUUCCUUUCAUGGCCCUUCAGGUUGGUAAUGCUGAAAAUAUGGAUAACAUGCACCGAAAUAACAAGAGGUUUUCGAAAAGAGAAAAAAAAGAACUGAAAAAAAAAUAUCAGCAAGCCUUGCCUUUGGAAUCUGAAAAUGCAGCAUGUGAAUUAUAUAAGGCGAUACCUCCUACAACUUUCACCAGAACAUUAUCGAAUCCAGAAAUUGUUAUGAAAAAGCGUAGAGAAAGAAAAAUUGAAGCAAAAUUAAAAGGAAUGGGUCAAGGAGGAAGUUUAAAAAUUUAUGGUUAUGACCUCGUUCCUAGUCGGCCCUAUGUUACCCUCUUAGUAUCAGUUCGAGAUCAAGCUUGCAAAAUAGUCAAAGAGACGUUAGAGAAAUAUGGAUUGGAGAAGGAGAAUUGCGAUGAUUAUAUUCUUGUUGAGAUAUCCCUUCCUGCAUCUGGUAAACUGACGCGUUCACUGAGUGAUCUUCGUGAUAUUAACGAUGGGCGUCAUGAGCGAUACCUAAAUGACGAUGAACUUCCACUUAUAUAUUUAGCUGAUCAUGCUGGCGAUGCAUCGAAAGAGAUUAUGUUUGCUGUUCGCAAACGUCCAUCAAAUAUCCCAACUAUUAGACGUUUUCAUGGCUCGCUUUCUUCCACGAAUUUUGCAUUUGGAGUUUCUAAGGAUUCGGUUGCAUUAUCUAGCGAUUUUCACUCGUUAUCUUCUGAAAAUAGUUUGUUACGAGCAGUUAGUCCAUGCCUCGUUCAUCUUACUCCAGAUGGUAAAGAGUUAGCGUCAUAUUUGCCAAUACUGAUCGGUCCAUUUGUGACUGAUAUUGGUGGUGAUCAUUCGAUGAAAAUUCAUUUAACUGGAGAACAAAUUCGACCAAGGCAUGCUGUUAUAAACUUCAGUAAUGGAAUCGUCACUAUUACGCCAUCUGUUUUAAAUGCUGAAAUUGAGGUUAAUAAUCAGCGGAUCUCUCAAACAGUUAUGCUUCGUGACGGUGAUAUCGUAUGUAUUGGGCGAAUAUACAAUUUUCAAUAUUAUAAUUCUCAGGUGAUUUUUUGA